AUGGCGAGCGCAGUUCCGUUCAGCUGGCCCACGCCGACAGAAGGCGAUUUCGUCAUAAAGGACUUCCAAUUCAAUUGUGGCUCGACUUUACACGAGCUGAGAUACCACUACAGAACCCUGGGGAAACUUCGUAAAGAUGCUAAGGGCCAUGCCGAAAACGCAGUCCUGAUCAUGCACGGCACAACGAGAUCUGGACAACAAUUUCUCACCGAUACCUUCGCAGGAGAGCUUUUCGGGCCAGGCCAGCUACUCGAUAUUGAAAAGUACUACAUCGUCUUACGUGAUGCUAUCGGCCAUGGUCAAUCGAGUAAGCCAUCAGACGGGCUUCACGCCAGGUUCCCAAAAUACGGCUACAAUGACGUUGUGCGAGCUGACCAUUUGCUCCUUACUGAGCAUCUCGGUGUCGACCACCUCCGUCUUGUCAUGGGCACAUCUAUGGGCGGUAUGCACACCUGGCUAUGGUCCGGGACCUUUCCUGACUUCAUGGACGCUUCCAUGGCCCUGGCAUGUCUGCCCCAUCAAAUAUCUGGCCGCAAUCGAGUACUCCGCAAGAUCCUAAUCGACUCGAUACGGACUGACCCGGAAUUCCAGAAUGGAGAUUAUACCAAACAGCCACAUGGCUUGAAAGCUGCAAUAGGUGUCUUUCUUCUCGGCGUUUCAGCACCACUAUAUUGGCAAAGUGAAGCACCGACUCUCCAAUCUGCUGAUGCUUACCUCGAAAUGCGACUGGCACGUGAACUUGAGAUAGCAGAUGCGAAUAACAUGGUUUUCGCGUUUGAAGCCUCAUGGGAUUAUGAUCCACGACCACUGUUGAAGAACAUCAAAGCACCAUUCAUGGCAUGGAAUACAGCAGACGACCAGCUUUGUCCUCCAGAGCUGCAGAUACUUGAGCGAGAAAUCCAGAAUGUCUCCCAAGGAAAAGCAGUUACUUUGCCUAUCACCGAAGCCACAAGGGGGCAUAGCUCCUACAACUUUGCAAGCUUGUUCAAGGACUAUCUCCAGGAAAUCUUACACACGAGUGCUUGA